GGGCCAGGUGGUCUUUUCGGGCGGCGGCGGGAUGUAAGCCCGGAUUGCUGUUACUUAAAACGGAAUAGUGCAAUGCUUAUCGCAAAUACGUCAUGUGACAUUCCACGUGGUAUCCAUGUGACUUUGAGCCGCUUUUCUGUUUAGGUAAGCAGAACUUUCCCCUUUUUAGGUCUCUCUCUUUCCUCUUCCUGAGCGAGCUUCGUGAUAUUGAAACGAAAGAUGAGAAACCUGGAUCUGAUCUCCUUUAGAAAUGAGUUCAGUGAAUAGUAUUUCGCCGGUUUAUUUUUAUAGCCAUCUACUAAGUGUUGUUUUGCGGGCUCAUUAUAACUCAACAAAACAGAUUGGCGCUGCUGUAACUAACUGACCAUUAGACAUCAAUAUUAGUUACUUUGGACCAUUGUUUCGAAUGACCAAGCAUUCGUGCACUCGGGUCUACGAUUACAGGUAGCAAAGAUGUUUGUUUCUCGACGCUGAAAGACGGGAGAAUCAUGAGGAUAAGUUACACAAAUGGCCAGGUGGGCACCUCAAUACUCGACUCCCAGGCCAAGCGUUUGCCCUCAGUUGAGUCGUCAAAUCCGCAAAAAAGAGAGAUUCAAUCUCCGAAUAAUUACUGAUUUGCUUUCAUUGAUCUCUUGAUGAGGGAGGUAAAAAUACCCUCACCAUGGCAAGUUUUGAUACAGCUGUUAUCCAGAAGCGGGCAACCUCGCUCGCUUUUUAUCACCGCCAACUAUUCACCACGCCACCCCUGGCCUCUCCUGACGAGGUAGAUCUUGCAGGGAAAACAGCCAUUAUCACCGGGUCAAAUACCGGUCUUGGAUUUGAAUGUGCACAGCAGCUUCUGGAUCUUGGUCUAAGCAAGCUCAUUCUUGCUGUUCGCAACGAAACAAAGGGCGAAGAUGCAAGGGAAAAGCUACUUUCCGGAAGAAAUGCCAAUAACCACUCCAUCGAGGUCUGGAAACUGGAUCUACUAAGCUACGAUUCCAUUGUUUCUUUUGUGGGGCGAACCAAAAGCCUUGAGCAGUUAAAUUUCUUUGUCAAUAAUGCAGCCUUUACGAGGCUGUCAUUCGUGAUUAACGAGAAGACUGGACAUGAGGAGAUCAUUCAGGUCAAUUAUUUCUCACUCGCGCUACUCACCAUCCUCAUACUACCAGUGCUGAGGGACAAAAAUUCGGCUCAGCAGCCGGGGCGUUUAGUAAAUGUGUCCUCGGACACUGCUUCCUGGGCCCGGUUUAGGGAGCGAGGUUCAGUUCCUUUAUUACCGGCUUUUGACAGAGAGGAAAAUUUUCACCCACAAGAUCGUUACGCAACAUCCAAGCUACUUGCUCAACUUUUUCUAACGCAGCUUGCCAAACGACUACUUCCUUCCAUCGCCAUCAUAAACACCCCUAACCCAGGUCUUUGUCAAACGAGUUUAACUAGGAACUUCAAGGGCAGCUUGCAAGGGAUUCUAUUUGGCAUAUUUAAACUUGUCUUUGCCCGUACCGCUACUAUUGGUGCUUGCUCAAUUACCGAUGCAGUUGUUAAUCAUGGUUCAGAGUCUCAUGGACAAUACCUAGAAGACGGGGCGGUACAGCCCAUGGCACCUUUCGUAUACACAGAUAAGGGCGAAGAGAUGGCUGAGCUACUUUGGGAAGAAACCAUGGCUGAGUUUUCUUUUGCAAAUGUAUCUGAGAUUCUUGAAGAUUUAAGCAACUAG